AUGGGCCAGAAUGGCUCCAGUCUCUUGCAAACCCCCAUAAUUCACAACUGGAUUUUGGGCCGGGAAUCGGACGUCACCUACGAUGCGGAAAGAUCGACAAAGUUUGGUGACAUCCGUGGGAAAAACUUUCACUUCGAUGGAUUUGACGUUGAAGCGUAUUUGGGAGUACCGUAUGGACGAUGUGGGGUGUUCAAAGAGCGUUUUCAAGUACGGGUUUUAUUUUGUUUUUGAUUUUUAUACAUUGUGAGGACCUAACAGGAAAUUUUACAUGUCUCCAAACUGAUCUUUUAGCUAUUAAAAUCGUGUCUAUAAUCUAAAGAACGACUGAAAAUGGUCUAAAAUGUGAUUUAGAAGCCGAAGCCAUACGAGAAAUGGGAAGGAGUUCGAGAUUGCACCAAAUUCGGGCCAAGAUCAAUACAACAAGACAUGGUCUGGGAUUACUACUUGACGCCGGUUCCUCAGGACGAAGCGGAAUGCCUGAAUAUGAACAUCUUUGUGCCAGCCGACUCUGUGGAGGAGAAUAAGGUGAGAUUUUCGAUUGCUCGUCAAAACUCGGCAUAUACUCGUCGAGCAAGCUAAAAAAACUGUACUAUCUUAACUGUAGGAAUUGAUAUUUCUAAGUCGGCUUUGCAAAGCGAGAGCUAAGAUUUUAAAUUAUUGGAUUGUGGUCUGUUAAAACUGUGGUUGCGGAAAUUUAUAAAAAUUGAAGAUCUGCUCUUUGAGAUAUGCUGUGUUUACUCCAAAACGUCAAAAAAGCCAUCAAAACCUUUUCAGACCCCCUCCGGCCGUCCGGUCAUGGUAUUCGUGCACGGCGGCGGCUAUUUAAUCCAUUCCGCCGCCAACUACGGCGACCGCCAAAUCUGCCGCAACCUCUGCCGUCGCGGAGUCAUCGUUUGCGUCAUUCAGUACCGCCUCGGACUUCUUGGCUUCCUGAGUACCGGAAAAGCGGAUUGUCCCGGGAAUUAUGGCCUCUGGGACCAGAAACUGGCGUUCGAAUGGAUCCGCGAGAAUAUUGGGGAAUUUGGCGGGGACUCGAACAGUAUCACGGCGGUCGGACAAAGCGCGGGUGCCGCCUCGAUUGAUCUUCUGAGCAUUUCGCCCAAAUGCGAGGGCUUGAUCCAACGGGUCAUCUUGAUGGGAGGCAAUGCGGCCUCGGAUUGGGCGGUAGUUCCGUGGAAGAAGACGAUACAGGCGGCCGAAGCGAUCGCCAGAAGAAAUGGAUGGAAAGGUAAACGGCCGGUCAACUUUUUGGACAUUAAAAAAAUCUAAAUUUGGGCCAAGUUUCGUCACAAUCUUGAUUUUUUUACUACGUACUUUUCGUAGUUUACCACGAUUUUUAGAAUUUUCCUAAUUUUUUCAUGUCUAGGCGAUUCCGAAGAUACCACUGACCUGGUCAACUUUUUGCGUAAUCAGCCAGCCUCCCGCUGCAGAGCGGCGAUCUUCGGAAAGUCAGCAUUCGACCGGCGGAAAAAGGGGCUGGACUUUUGCCCCGUAAUCGACGGGGAUUUCCUUCCCGAGCCCAUCGACGAGUUGCGGCAGAAGGCGAAAAAAGUGACAGCAAUCAUUGGCACCACGGACUACGAGGCGCUUUUGUUUGUGGCGUUGGGCAAAGCGCAGGCGGAUAUGGGUUCCUUGGAGAAACAGCUGAAAGUCAACAUCCCCGAUUCCUUGCCGGAUUUUGUGGAGCUGCGAGACGAAGCCAGAGAUAUUUAUUUACGAGACGUGGACUCGAGGGAUAAAGUUCAAGUCGCAAGGGCGUUUAUCAGAGUAAGUAUUAAUCUUGCUUGGAAAUUUUGAGUUUUAUAUUGUAGUAGGCCAGCUGGACCUAUAAGAUUUCUUUUGCUCAUAAUUUGGGAAAUGAUAAAUAGAAAUUUUGAAAUUUUAGUUUUCCAGAACCCCAGCGACUCUGUUUUUUGGCUUCAUACCUUUUUUUGCUAAAUUGCCCUCCGGCGUUCUCUAAACGUCAGUUCUAUGGAGUGCACUCAACAAGCAAGAAAUCAGCCGUUUCAAAAUAAAAAUAACCGUUGGAAAACAUUUACUAUCAGAAGCUCUUAGAGGAUUUCAUGACAAAGAACACUUCUAGUCUUUAUCGAGCCCAGAAAUGUAAUUUGUUCAAACUUCUAUCCAUUAAUCCCUAAAUUAUUAAAGAAAAUAACAACUUCAAGCCAUUUUUUCAACUUUCUUCGCUUUCAGAUGUACAGUGACACCUUGAUGAACAACAGCACCAUUCGCUACGCCGAACUCAUGUCCAAGACGGGUCAUACGGUCUUUCUCUAUAACUUGACAUAUCAUAAUCCCAAUUCGUUCGGCGUUUUCGCAUUUCGAAUGCCGUUCGUCGCGCCCACGCACUGCUAUGACAUCCGGUAUCUGUUCGGGAAAGGGAUGUUCUCCAAAUUUCGUCCGGACUCCGAUGACUUGAAGAUGCUGGAUAUCAUGACCAGGAUGUGGUCGAAUUUCGCGAGAAAUGGGUAAGAAUAGUGUGCAACAGGAACUGCAAGAUUUUCGCUCAUAACUCGGGGCAAAUGGUUCAGAAUUUACAAAAAAUAAUAUUUUUGGGGCCCUUAGGGAUCUUGUUUUUUGUCCUAUUUUUUUGUAAUAUCCCCUCAGGGUCUUUUGUUUUUAAAAAUUUUUUCAAAAUUCCGAUUUCUCGACCCGUAAUUUUUCACUUACUAUAGUAAAAUGAGCUAUUCAUAUUCAACCUUUUCCGAUUUCUUCUCACAAAAUCAACCUUUUCUCUUGCAGUGAUCCAAACUACGAUCAAGAAAAUCGAGUGUGGCAUCCGGUGGAUCCCGAGAACCCUUUCAAACACCUGGAGCUGGGUCUGCAACCCACUGAACAGGAUCAUUAUCAAGGAAGACGGGCCGAGUUUUGGAGAAAAGUGGAGCUCAUCAAGGAGAUGAUUGAAACCCGACGCAAAGAACUUGCAUUACCUCUGGAUUAA